AUGGAUCAGCACGACGAUUUCGACAGUGUUUCGUGGAGAAACGACCCGGAUAGCGACAACUCGCGUCCGACUACCUCCGGGACAGAUACAGAAGAGCAACAUGGGUUCAAAUACGACGUCAAUGGCAAACAGAGAAUGAGUUCGGCUCACGACGAACCGCAGGCCGGGGCGUUGGCCGACGCUAUCGACCUGGCAGGCAUCGGUGACGGGGUGCUUGAAUGCAACGUCUCAUCACCUUUGAAGGAGAAUGAUGGAACGAAGGAUGCAUACGUUUCGUAUUUGGUUACUACGAAUACCGACUUUAAAUCCUUCCAGAAACCGGAAUUCUCGGUGCGCAGAAGAUUCACCGACUUCUACUUCCUAUACAAGACACUUUAUCGAGAGUACCCUGCCUGCGCGGUUCCGCCGUUGCCUGAUAAGCACAAGAUGGAGUAUGUGCGGGGAGACAGGUUCGGACCUGAGUUCACCACCCGGCGUGCUUGGUCCCUGCAUCGAUUCCUCAAACGCCUGACACUGCAUCCUGUUUUUCGUCGAGCACCCAUAUUGACAAUAUUCCUGGAAUCGCCGGACUGGAAUGCGCAUAUGCGACUGCGAUCAUCGCGCACUUCCCAGGGCUCAUCGGAGACUGCCGGGGGAGCAGGGAUCUUUGAUAACUUUACGGAUACCUUUGUCAACGCAUUCACCAAAGUGCACAAGCCAGAUCGCCGGUUCAUUGAGGUCCGGGAGAAGGCGGACAAGUUGGAUGAGGAUCUCAACCAUGUCGAGAAGAUCGUGGCCCGGGUGGCUCGUCGCGAGACGGAUCUGGAAACUGACUACAACGAAUUAGCUAUGCAGUUCCGCAGCUUGGUCAGUCUCGAGCCGAACGUCGAGGUUCCAUUACAGAUCUUCGCAGCUUCGGUGGAGGAGACAGGGCGGGGACUCAAAACGCUCAAAGAACAUACGGAUCAAAACUACCUAGGCUCGUUACGAGACAUGGACUCAUACAUCACCUCUGUCAAAAACCUGCUGAAGACCCGGGAGCAGAAACAACUCGAUUUUGAAGCUUUGGUCGACUACCGCAACAAAGCGGUCGCCGAGCGGGACUCGCUGGCCGCCAACCCAUCCUCUUACUACGCCUCCAACCCACUCACCUCUUCCCCGGCCUCCUUCAUCCGCUCCAAGAUGGAAGACAUGCGCGGUGUCGAUCAUGAACAGUCACGACGGGAACGAGUGCGCAAGUUGGAGCUGCGCAUUGACGAACUUACACGUGAAGUAGACUCUGCUAAGACGACAUCGGAGAUGUUCGAUGAGGAGGUCGUGCGGGAGGUGGCAGACUUUGAGCGGAUCAAGGCGGCUGAGUUCCGGGAUACGCUGGGGGAGUUUGCUGCCAAGCACAUCGAUUUUUAUCAGGGGGCUAUCAACACGUGGGAGCGAUUUGUCGCUGAUAUGGAGGAUGAAAUAGAGGGGAAUCCCGAGGGAACGGAAGGUAAUACAGAGCGGUAG